AUGUCUAGCCCACCGUUUACGGUCAAAGCGGUCUUCGAGUAUACUUCGGACCACGAUGAUGACCUUAAUUUCUCCAUCGGCCAAAUAAUAACUGUCACCGCUGAGGAAGAUGCGGAGUGGUAUUGUGGUGAAUAUGCCACCGAGUCAGGGGCUAAGAUGGAGGGCAUCUUUCCAAAGAACUUCGUGGAGAGAUAUGAGCCUCCAGCACCUCCUCGCCCGUCACGUCCGAGCAGACCUAAGAAGGAAGCCGAAGUUGCACCUCCACCCGAACCCGUCGCACCGGAACCUCAGGCGAUCGAGCGUCUCCCUUCCCCGGAACCAGUUCUGCGAAGUCCCCCGCUUCCUGCGCAGGAUUUCAUCCCCCAGUCGCCCAAAUCACCCCCAGCGGCCAUCGAACCGCAGGUUGCUGAGCCUUUCUUCCCCCCUCCCAAACCUGCCGAAGCGCCUGCUCCCGUUCAGCCGCCUGUUUCAAAUGAGCCAAAAGAGCCAGCUCCCAAGCCGGUGUCCAAAUCGCCCCCUCCUCCCGUUGCAGACAAGCCAUCCGGUUCAUCAUUUAGAGAUCGUAUCGCCGCAUUUAACAAGCCCGCUGCACCACCAAUUGCGCCAUUCAAGCCAGGUGGCUUUGGCAGCCAGAGUGGCUCAUUCAUCAAGAAACAAUUUGUGGCUCCACCUCCAAGCAAGAAUGCUUAUGUGCCUCCGCCUAGAGAACCACCCGCGAAGAUCUACCGACGGGAUGAGGAUACAGAAGUUCAGGAGCAUGCUACGCGUGAGCCUCCAGUUUCAGAAAGCCGGCCUGCACCGGUAGAGGCAGCAGAUGAAGGGGCUGAAGACCAACCGAAGCCAACUAGCCUGAAGGAGCGCAUUGCUCUGUUGCAAAAGCAGCAAUUGGAGCAAGCUGCUCGUCACGCUGAGGCGGCCCAGAAGAAAGAUAAGCCAAAGAGGCCUCCCAAGAAGCGCGUGGAAUCUCACGAAGAUGCCGACGUCGGAGAGGAGCAACAGCCUGAAAACCUGGACACAGCUCCUGCGCGGGACCACAGCGUUGAGACCGUAAAACCUGGAAUUUUACCUGUGCCACCGCCGACAUUACCGCCACCUGUGCAAGAGUCGGUCAGUGAUGCCAAUGAUGCUGACUAUUCCGCUGCUGCCGAUACCGAGGAUGCGGACGAGAUGUCGACAAGCAAGGAAGAUCUGGAAGACCGCUCUCGCACUGAAGCUCGGCCAGCCACAGAAAUUGAGAAGAAGGCCGACGAUGGCCACAAAGGCGAGCCAGAUGAAGGUGAAGAACGUGACGAGGAAGAGGAAGAGGAAGAGGAAGAGGUAGACCCCGAAGUUAAGCGUAGGAUGGAGCUACGCGAGAGAAUGGCCAAGAUGAGCGGUGGUAUGGGCAUGAUGGGCUUCUUCGGACCUCCCGGGGGUAUGCCCGUUCCUGGCGCAGCUCCUCGCAAGCCCAAAGCCGCUGUGGAAACCGACAGAAGGGAAGAAGAUUCGGAGAAGGCUGCGCCAGCAGUUGCUCCCCCUGUUCCCGUCAUGGCUCUACCAGGGAUGAACACCGCUAGACCAGUGAUACCCUCUGCAAGCGUAGAGAAGGAGGCAGAGGAGGAGUCUCAGACUACAACCAUAACUGAGCAGCACCACCCACAAGAAGUGCCUGAUGUUGAGGACGUCGUUAGCGAAGAAUCUUCCCGGCGCGCUUCUAUUGACAGACCAGCUGCACCCCAGGAGCGUCCGGUACCUCCGCCUCCGCCGAUGGAGCCACGACCCGUCCCACCUCCCAUUGCUCACGACCGGCCUCUGUCUCCCCCGGCUGUUCCAGGAGCCCGACCUGUCCCCCCUCCCCCUAUGACUCCCACAUCCGCCGACCCGGGCGAGGAGUCUGAUGACGAACUUUCCUUACACGCCAGAAAUCUGUCUUUGAACGCCCCGGCAGCGGGUCAGGGCCAGCCUGCUACCGUUUCCUCGAUCUCAGCCCCUCCUCUACCUGAGCAUCUUGAUUCACGGCGCUCUUCAACCUAUAACCCUACAUCUCCGAAGUCUCCUACGCUUACCUCGGAAAAGAGACUCAGUCGCCCACCUCCGCCAAUUCCGACAAACCCUCCUUUGUCGCCCCAGGGCAGGGCUCCUCCUCCGCCACCUCCAACCAAUAUUCACCGCAUGUCAACAACUGACAGUAGAAUUAGCGCAGUCUCACAACCUCGCCAGGCUGGUGAAGAUGUGGACGGAGAAAUCACAGAGUACGACGGUGAUUAUGACACGGAUAUUGCAUCUGGGGCCAAGUUCAAAGAUGCUUUGAAAGCUCAUGAUGGUGACUCGAGUGUUGACGAAGGUGCCACGACUGAUGACCAUUCUCUUCAAUCUCCACGAAGCCCUCAUGAAGCUCGUCUUCCUCCUCCACCGCCUCCGUCCGCGCCCAGGGCAGUUCCCCCACCGCCCCCCCUUCAACCGCCAAAGAGCAGUGGGGGUGCUUCUCUCGAAUCGCCCAGGGGCCCUCCUCCCCCACCUCCUCACAGAGAGCUGUCGUUCGAUGAUGGGGAUGACGAAUAUGAUCCGUUUCGAUAUACUGCCCCCCAGCAUGGUCUACCGCCUCCAAGAGCGCCUCCUGUUCCUUUUGGCCGCUCAGAAGCACCUCCAGCUCCCCUGCCGCGGUCUAUGGAAGAAGACGAUGACUUGUAUGAUGCGUCACCCCUCCGAACCCCACAAGAAUUCCCAGUCGCGCCUCCUUUGGAAAAGAGGACAUCCUUUGCCCCCCCUCCCACUAUGCCUCCAAGUGUACCCCCACCAUCGGCGCCACGAAACACCCGUGCAUCUCUAGAUAUCCCUAGAGGUCAGCAUAAUAUCCGGAGGUCAAUGGAUGCCUCUCGUCCGUCUAUCGAUCAAGGUUUCAUUGCCAUGGAUGUGGAUUUAGCAGAAGGUUCUCUGUGGUGGACACAGCCCAACACUCUUCCGCCUGUUUUCCAGAACCGCAAAGAUGUCCUGUUUGAAGUGGAGGAGUCGACUUCCAGCAAGCGCGGUGGACAAACCACAAUCUCCAAAAAUGUCUACAUCCUGUUCGUCGACUAUUCGCGAACUGUGAUCACGGCAGUAUACGAUUCCCGCAAUCCGGCAGAUGUAUCCCUGGAACAGCGGCACGAUGCCCCACCCUUACAUCCGCGCCAGGAUCAACUCGAAAAUGCACAUGCACAAUUUGGUGCUCGCAUCUCCGAUGCUGUGAAUGCUAUCCAAAACACAACCGUUGCAGAUGGCACUCCGUUUGGCUUGGUUCAGCAUCUGCUUAGUCCCCUAAAGGAGGCACUUCUCCCCGUCGGUACACGUGCGUAUGGCGCUUUGGUAUAUGCAAACCUAGCAAAUGCGUCGGUGCAACAGAAUGACGAAAUCCGGGCGGGAGAUAUCGUCACAUUCCGGAACGCGCGAUUCCAAGGUCAUCGCGGUACAAUGCAUCAGAAGUACAAUGCUGAAGUUGGUAAGCCCGAUCAUGUUGGCAUCGUUGUUGAUUGGGACGGCACCAAAAAGAAGAUCCGUGCUUGGGAACAGGGCAGAGAAAGCAAGAAGGUCAAGGUCGAAAGCUUCAAGCUUAAUGAUUUACGAAGUGGAGAAUGUAAGGUUUGGCGUGUUAUGCCUAGAAGCUGGGUCGGCUGGGGGCAGUGA